AUGUCAGACAAUCAACAAGUGCAAUCUACACCUGUUUCGGAUGUUCAGGUUGAUACCAAAGACAGUAAUACACAACAGCAUGAUGCCAGUCAACAAUUACAACAGAAUGCUGAACAACAAGGAACGGACAUCAAACAGAAUACAGAACAGAAAGAUGCUGAAUUGACAGGAACAGUAAAUGAAACUGCUGAUGCAACUAAAGAAAAAAUUAAUGAAGUCAAAGAUGCUGAAAAAACAGCAAGUGAUGAUGUAAAACAAGUCGCUAACGAUGCUCAAGUAGCUGCUGUUCAAUCAACUGGUGAAGCCACAGACGUUGCAGAGACAAAAGUCGAACAAACAACAGAAGCUCAUGCACAAUUAACUGAUGAUGCCUCGAAGAAAGCCGAUGAAGUGAAAGACACAUCACAAGAAACUGGAACUCAAUUAAUAGAUGAUGCAUCGAAAAAAGCUGAAGAACUUAAAGAUACAACUGAAAAGAAAGUUGAUGAAGUAAAAGAAGCUACUCAAGAAAAAGUCGAUCAAAAGAAACAAAGUGAUACUCCAUCUGUGGAUAAUGCAUCUAAAGAAACCGAUGAAGCGAAAACUACUAUUGUUGAAUCAGCUAUUCAUGUUAAAGAUGCAGUAGUUGAAAAAGCACAAGAAACUGGACAUGCUGUUGUUGAAACAACGCAAGCCAUUCCAGAAACGGUCGCUGAUGCUACAAGUUCUAUUGGUGAAAAAGUCAUUGUAGAAAAAGUCGAGGAAGUCGGUGCGGCUCUUGUCCAUUCGGCACAAGAAUCUAUUCAUAGUCUUGCUGGAGCGGCAAGUGAUGCCAAGGAAACAGCAAGCGAAGCACUCGAUCAAGCUCAAGACAAAGCUACCGAAUUGAAAGAGCAAACAUCUGAGAAAGUUGAUGAAUUAGCAUCUGAGCCAAAAGAGAAAACCGAAGAGGUUCAACAAGAUGUACAACAAACAGCCGGUGAAUUAAAAGAGACAGUCUCUGAGAAAAUAGACGAAGCAAAAGAUAAGGCUAGUGAAGUUACUUCAGAAGUACAACAAGCAGCCGAAGAAGUCAAACAAGAUGUUCAAGAAACAGCUGGUGAAGUAAAAGAGACAGCUUCUGAGAAAGUCGAGGAAGUAAAAGAGAAGGCCGAUGAAUUAAUAUCUGAUGUAAAAGAGACCAGCGCAGAAGUUAAACAAGAAGCUCAAGAAACAACUGGUGAAUUGAAACAAGCAGCAACUGACAAAAUUGAAGAAACAAAAGAUGAAGCUAAAGAAUUAGCUGCUGAUAUUAAAGAAAAAGGUCAAGAAGCCGAACAUCAUGGCGAACAAAAAGUUGAAGAAGCAAAAGAAACAGUAGUUGAAAAGGUGGACGAAGCAAAAGGUAAAACUAAAGAACUCAAUGUUGAUGUUAAAGAGAUAGACGAAAAAGUCAAGAACGAUCUUCAACAAAAAGGUGAUAAUGUUGCAACAUCAAACAAUGAAAACACACCUACCAACAAACCUGAAUGA